CGCCAGUCGGCUCGCGCGCGUCGAUGUAGUUGUACGCUUUUGUUGACAAAUUUAUAAACAAUAUCCCGCGUAAAUUACGCCCUAUAUUCAAUAAGUGGUGCAUCAACUUUUUUCUGUGUUCCGUAGUUUCGGAGUGCUUUUGUGAACGUGUUUAUACAUAUCUAUAUUUGAAUUGUCAAUACCGGAUGCAAGAGACAGAGAGUAAUCUAUAAACACGAAAUGGGUUGGACCUGCUAAAACCACUGCUACACAGCAAAAUGAUAUAAAUAUGGAAUCACCAGUCAGAAUAUGCUUAGGUGCAGCAUUGGUAGUAAACCUACUACUAAUAACCAGCACAUUAGUUACAGCUAAUACAUUGCCGAACGAAACUAAUUCUAGUACUACUGUACUAAGGAAUGAAAGAAAUCUUAAAUAUGGUAGAGUCAAUAGCACUGCGUGGGUCGCGAGAAAUAAGUCUAAAUUACCCGACGUAGCACUAAACGAAUUGCACCCUAAAGAUUCAACAAGUGAAGAACAUACAGAGAAAAAUGCUAAAUACAAAGACAGAGGAAGGGUUAAAUUUAAUUUACAAGCUAAAUCUACAACACAGAGUACUUUGAAAAGAGCUGCAACAUUAACGCAAGCACGUGAUUUUAUUAUAGUAACACCAACCCCAGAAGUAAAAAAACCUGCACAGAUUAUAAGCAGCAUGCAAACUUAUAAGAAAACAAAGAUGCCAGCGGUUACCGUUCUUAGCACUAGUGAGCCUGUACCACUUAAAUUAGAAACACAAAGUGAAGAAGAGCUCUCUGAAGACGAAGAUGAUGAUGAUAAUGACAAAGAAUCUUACGAAAAGUAUUCGUCAGCUAAGUUUGAUGAAAGCAGUUUUUUUACUAUUCCUAGUUUUGAUGAUGAUGAUUUUAGUACUAAAAAACAAAAGUAUGUAUCAGAUAAAAAAACAAAGCAAGAUUACAUUACUCCGUCAUUCGAAACAUUCUCUUUUUUUCCCAAAAAUGUUUAUAGUACGAAAGAAGAAUCAUAUAAGUCAUCAGAUUCAUAUUUUAAUUUUGAUUCCGAUCUUACAACUCCUAAAAAUGAUUUCUUUGAUAAAAAGUACCAGGACAUAUCAUCGAGUAUUUUAAAUCAUUUAGAUACAAUUAAAUCUAAAUCUCCGCCGCCAAAUGUUACAAAUGUUCACAAAAUAGUCAAAGAAAAUGUAGAUUUUGAGAAAUUAAAUAACAAUACUCCUUCUAAUAAAUCAACUGUGUUUAUAAAGAAUACCAAAGAAAUUCGAUUCCUUGAUAAUGAUAAAGCUGGUUCCAACAACAAGGGUUUGUCUGACGUACAUGGUACAAGUAUAUAUUAUGAAAUGACUGUUCUAUCCACUGAAACAUAUAAUGUUAAGGAAAUUAAUGAUGACGACUGUGAUAAUGACAGUCAAACUUCUUCAUCAACAGUUAGUACACCAAUCAAAGAAGAGUUAGAUUCUAUUAAAGCUAAGCUGCCGAAAUCUUUUGAAACUUCAACUAGACGGAGUUAUUCUGAUUCUGAACCAAGCGCUGUAUCUUUGUCUGAGAUGUCAAUGAACUUAAUGCCUAGUGUUACAGCUCAGUCAAUUCUCAGUUCUUUUGGACCCAUUCCAAUUUCAACACAAAAUUCUAUAUCAUCCACUGAAACAUCUAGAAUAUUUUCCAGCAGCUAUAGUAGAAACAGAAACUAUUCAAAACGACUUAAUUUGUCUGGUACCAAAGAUUCUCCAAAUAGUGUGUUUCCCACUUUACAAACUGUACAGCCAUCUUCCAAUUUAGCUUUUACGCCACAAACAAGAAGGUUCCAUUUUACAACACCAAAAACAAAGCCAAUAUGGUUGGCUCCAAGAAAGAAUACUUCUAGAACUGCAUUUCCAAGAGUUCCAACUACCAUAUAUUCAGAGCAUUUUGACAUUAAAGAUAAAAUGUUAAGUACCUAUAAACCAAAAUUGUCAACACGAACAAUGUUAACAACACAGUCUUCGGAAAUAGAUCCUGUAUUACAAAGUGAGGUAAGCGGUGUGAAAAAAAUUGUUCACACUCAGUCCAUAUCCGAUAAUACUAUACCGUCAUUAUGGAAGAGAGGUUCAACUAAAUUUACAACAUCGACUUCAGCGGAAAGUUCUAGUGGUAUCAGUGAUAUGGAAAUACCUCCUACGCUAGCCGCGUGGGCCUUGGCUAGUAUGCGCAGUCCUCCAUCGUUGUCCAGUGUUGUGGUUAAUGUUACUGGAUCGACUCAAAAGAGUGUCGAUGAAAAUGAACUGCAAAAGGUCGGAGAAAUUGUAGACAAGAAAGAAACGACUACCAGCUCGACAACGACAACAACUCCUGUGCCUGUUCACAAUGACUUUUUAACUAAAAAUAUAACGGAAAUCUAUCAAAAUAAAUUACCUUGGAAAUUACCUCCGAAAUCGAAUUUUGUAGGAGAUGCGACUGAAAAUGCUGCUGAAACAAUAUCGGAAAGAGUACCUGCUGAAAGUAAUAUAUCUAUUCAAAGUAGUCCAGAGCCUGUUAGUACAGAUUCAGUAAAAAAAGAAUCAGCGAUAACUAAUACCGUCAAUGACGACAUAGAAAAUAAAACUUCGUGGAUUCCAGUGACUUAUAGAGAUCAAACGAUAAGUGACAAAACAAAUGUAAAAGAAUAUUUGAACACUGAUAAAAUUCCUCCAGUUGACGCAACUAAGUUAACUGGUUUUGAAUCUAUUACGAAGUUACCUGCGGAUGUAACGACUCCUAAAGACGAAACAGCGGCUUCUUCAGAAGUGAAGAAUAUAACGCAAGAGUCAAAUAAUAUACCUAUGAGAACUGACUACGAAAUUACCACAAGAAGAUUUUCUUAUGUGCCCACAGAAGAGCUGACUGAAAAUACUGAGCGUAGCGAUACUACAGACUGGAUACCUGUGUUCCCCACAAGAACACGAACUACAGCUAUAGAUGAUAGUCCUAUAACAACGUAUAGACCAAAUUACAUAACAACGACUGAAGCGAUUUUGGAUGAAACGACUACUAUGAUUACAGAAAGCACAUCUCAGAUUGUUGACAUUUCCACUAAAAAAGACACAAUAACUACUACGGAAUUCAUUGAAGAAAGCACACAAACAAAUCGUCCAACGUCCAUCGAUGUAGGUACAAUCGGAAGUACUAUACUAGAUUCUGAAUCCACAACGAAAUAUGAAACUGCUAUGCCAAUAGAAACUACAACGAUAGUGGUUACUGUUGCCACGGAGAUAAAUUCUGAAAGAGUUCCUAUCACUAUUUAUACUCCUCCUUAUAAUACCGAAACAGUUUCGAUAAUAGAUGCUGAUACUACAACACAAGAAAAUAUUAAUAACAACGAAGUAGUAACACAGGACAAUAAACCUACAAGUGUAACUGUACCUGUAACGACUACCCAAGUGGCAACAACAACUACAGAUGCAAUUACAGUUCAACCUACGACAGAGACUGCAACGACAAAAAUAGAAACAACUACAGAAACUAAAACCACUACACAGCAAGACGCACGCCUUGUUGAAACUACAGAAGUAACAACGGAAGAAUACACAACAGAUACGACAAAAUCAGUAAAUGACUUAGAGGAUCUAACGAGUUUCGCAGGAGACGUUACCACAGAGGCAUCUUCUAGAGUAUUGGAAGAAGAGGCAGGAUCGGGUGCGGCUAUUGCUAUAGCUGUCAGCACAAUUGGUGUCAUUGCUCUCGUUCUAUUGGUUGGAUUACUGUUGAUAGUGCGUCGUCGUGGACGUCGUGGCGUGUAUGCCCAGCGAUGCACUCCAGUCUCCUUGGACGCCUACAGUCUAGACAGCGUCAGCGUCGGUCACAGAAAGGGCAACCAUCGACUCCGGGCCAGCAAGCGAAGCUAUGGGAACCCUGCUUACGAUGACGAGGUUACCUCACAUCCAAUGCAAUACGCAGCGCUGGCGAACUUCGCGUUAGACAUCGAUUCAAUCGUUGCUGAGUUCGCAGAGAUUCCUUCAGUAACAGUUCGCCCGGAUGAAGUGCCCCCAGGAUGUGAAGACAAGAACCGAUACUCUAAUGUGCUACCACUUCCAGAGACCAGGGUCCCAUUGAAGAGGAUCGGUAAUGAUCCGACCACUGAGUACAUAAACGCUAAUUAUAUUAUGGGACCUGGCAGUAUUCGAAACUAUUACAUCGCGUGUCAAGCGCCACUGUCUAACACUGUUACAGACUUCUGGAGGAUGGUUUGGGAACAAAAUUCCCGUCUCAUUGUGAUGCUUACUGAGUAUAUGGAAAAUGGAGUUGAAAGAUGCUACGAAUAUCUACCCCCGUCUGAAAUAUCGGACAACAAGAGGACCUUCGGGGAUUACCAGAUUAUCCUCAAAAAGAGAGAGCAAAGGGACAAGUAUGCCAUAUCUAGCGUACAACUCAUUAAUCUGGCCACCAGAACCUGGAGAGAGGUCACCCACUUGUGGUAUUUCUGGCCUGCUAAGGGUGUCCCUGAUGAUUAUGAUUCCGUGAUUGACUUUUUAUCAGAAAUGAGAAGUUAUAUGAAGGUCUCACAAACUGCUAAGGAGUACGACGAAGAAGGCGUAGAAGUAAUUUAUCAAGACCAAAGCAGAUCAUCCUACCAGAAUCUGUCGAAGUUACGAAGCGAGGAGAAUGGCUCUAGCAACGGAGUUAACGUGUACUCGCCCGCCAAGGCCGAGGAGAUGAUGAGGAGGGGGAACCCAACUAAUGGCACUUUAGGCAAAAUGAAAGCUGCGUCGGAGAUUGAAAGCGUGCGGCCGUGCGUGGUGGUGUGCGCGUCGGGCGCGGGCCGCUCGUGCUGCGUGGUGGCGGCCGAGCUGUGCGCGCGCGCGCUGGCCGCGGGCCGCGCCGACGUGCCGCGCGUCGUGCGCCGCCUGCGCGACCAGCGACCGCACGCGCUCUCCAACCGACACCACUACGUCUUCUUGUACAAGUUGCUGAGCGAAUAUGGCAACAGACUGAUGGGAGGAGGAAUGGACACGAUUUGAAAGUCCUUUGUAAGGUAAUAAAUAAAAAAUAAGAAAAAUAGGAAUUAAAUUUACCAGUAUGUAAGUCCCAUAGCAAACCCGUCACCGAUUUUACUGGAAACUUUAAUUCAUAGAUAGUGUAGCUGUUAUGUUUAUUUUAAGCAUAAUAUAAAGUAUUUUAGUAUAUUUGAUGUAGUGUAGAAAUAAAUUUGACACACAAUGCAUAAUAAAUAUAGUAGCCAUUCUUGCUUUUAUUUUUAUUGCAUAAUUUCUUGUAUAUAUUUAUAUGUACUUCAAUUCAAUAUAUGUUGCAAUCAAUUCAUAAUUAGAAUCGUCAAAUAGCCAUAUU